UCAGCUACUGUACCUUUUUCACAAACGGAAGCGAAACCAUGCCAGCACAGAAGGAGUAUGGCCAUCGAUCGAGUAACCCCGCAACAACAAACAGCAAGCUCCGCAGCCCGCAACAGCACAACAACGGAGAAGCCAGAGUUGACAACGUUUGUGUAUCGCCAUUCAGGUGUUUAGCUAUCCGGACUAUCUAGGAGUAAUAGUAUGAACUCUUUGCUACGAAGUGGCCAGUGGACAUUGGAGGAGGUCUCCUUUGCUACUCGUCUAAUUGAUGAGUUCCGCAAUGGGUCUCUCCAGAUCCCGGACGGUACCAGCAUGAGAGGGUUCUUGGCGGAAAAGCUCGGCUGUGUGCCCAAGCGAGUGUCGAAGAAAUACGAGAAUACCAACUACAACGGCCGCCUCCAAUACACCCGCGACGAGUCCUUGUCGGCAGAGCGGUGUGUUCGAGUACGGUUGGAAUUGGAAAAGCUGGAACGAGCCUUUCGGCAAUCGGUCAAGAAGGAAGCGCAAGACCGAAAACCCAAGGCAAAGCCGGAACCGCCUCGGCAACAACAGGUGCCCCAAAAGUCAGAGAAAAAAUGCCCUCCUGCGUCGGCGAAUCAUGCAGAAUCUACUGUUGCCAAUAGCGCCAGCGUAGCGCAACUCCCCGCUGCGACUCAUAUGUUGCCGCAAAGUGCCACACGAGGAAGCAAUAUGACUGUCGGUGAUGCCGCAUCCACACUUUUGAGCGGAAGUUCCAUAUCAGCAACUGGAGCAGGAAACGAAGAGCUACUGAACCUUUUGGCGGCUCGUCAAAGGCUAGUCCAGAGGCAGAGCCUGCUUUUGCAGACCCAACAGCAACCUCGGACGACGUCUCUGACGAGUGCCUUGGCGUCUCGGGCAUCGGAGCGCUUCAAUCGUGAUCUCCUGUCGUCGCUGACGUCGCGUCCGCAGCACGCUUCGUUGUUGCCAUUGCCUCAAACUGCCUCGUUGGAACGUCUCCGGCUGUUGCAGCAGCUGGAACUCGAGCAACAGAAACAGAGACUUCUAUCCACGACGACCGCAGCGCUGCAACAUCGCUCUUGUUUUGAAGAACAAGCGAGAUUAAUGGCGGCCUCCAAAACUGGCAAGGCUGCUUCCGCAUUCCUCCCUGCCGGUUUGAGCCCAGGAGAUUUGCUCCAGGCGUUGAGAGAACAGAGAGAUUCGGCAACCAAUAAUAAUGAUUGGAGGACCAAGGGAAGUGUCACUGCGUGUGUCGGUGCCAGGGGGCAAGCCGCUGGCAGUGCAGCGAGUAAACGAAAAAAAGCACCCAGUGUUCUACUUCCUGACCCCAAGCGGCCCAGGUUCUAUUAGCUUGAUUUUUGAACUCGGGUCUGCUGAUAAACUUUUGGAUUGGAAAGAACGCAGAUGCUAUCUGCUUUAAUUUUGUAAAAAACAAAA